CCAGCCAAAAACCAAUCGACCAAUAUUGGGUGCGACCUAUUUUUUAGUGACUGCUCUUAGAUCACCCGCAAUCAACCCUCCAAGCUCCGAGCAGCAUCCGAGAGCUCCAUUAGAUCUACAGUAAUAGCUUGACACCCACUACUACUACUACUGCUACUACUACACUUCUUUAAUAGACGAUGGAAGCACCUCUUCAGACGGAAUCAGAAUCCCCACAAGACAGCCUCUUGUUGCAGCAACAGGAAGAUGCUCCCGAAAUCGAUACCCCGUUAUUGGGAACAUCAUCAGAUGACACUCGCGACAGCCAAAGACGACGUUGGAUGCGAUGGUACCGCCGUGUCGUGACAACCUUCACGACCAUAUUGAUGGACGAACAAGGAACGGGGUGGCCGGUAGUGCACGGUAUCAUGGUGCUAGCUUUUAUAGGUACCAUUCUGGGUGCCAUUCUACCGGGUGAUCCGUCCCUCCCAACCAAGUUCUAUCGGUUCCUGAGCAACGCUAUUGGUUAUACCUACUUUAUGAGUUGGUCCGUCUCCUUUUAUCCACAAGUCAUCAGCAAUUACCGACGCAAAUCAACGCUGGGAUUAAGUCCUGAUUUUUGUGGUCUUAAUGUCAUUGGUUUCACUUGCUACAUGAUCUAUAAUUUGGGAUUCUAUUGCAGCCCUGCCAUUCAGAGACAAUACCGCGAACGCAACGGACCGGAUGCCGAAAUAUCGGUGCAAUCCAAUGAUGUUGCCUUUGCAGUCCAUGCUUUUUGUCUUGCGUCCAUUACGUUUGCUCAGAUUGGAUACUACAAUGGAUAUCGCACCCAACAAUCUCGUCCCUCCAAAGUCAUCCAAAUUGUGGCUUCUCUAUUCCUCGCAGCCAUGGUUUCCUGCCCCCUGUUGGUAGUGGCGGUUCCCAAAAUGCAAUGGUUGGAUUAUCUAUACAUGUUGGGAAAUAUCAAAGUAUUGGUGACAUUGAUGAAGUACGUACCACAAGUGAUUCUCAACUACAAACGACAAUCCACCGUGGGGUGGAGUAUCUGGAAUAUUAUCUUGGAUUUCACUGGUGGAACCUUGAGCGACUUGCAGUUGGUUCUGGAUUGUGCCGCUAUGAAGGAUUGGACUGGAAUUACUGGAAACCUUGCCAAGUUGACACUAGGAUCUGUAUCGGUGAUUUUCGAUUUGAUUUUCAUGACGCAACACUAUUUCCUCUAUCGACAUUCGAAUACGUCGUCUACCCACAACAGCAGCGAUGGGGAGAAUAAUGAUGACAACCAACAUGAACGUACGGAAAGUCUAUUGCAAAACGAACGGUUGCCGGCGAUUGAUGAGUGGGCACUCUAGCUUUAUAGAAUAAACAGAAUUGUUGAUUGUAUGUCUUCGUACGUGACUAUGUUACAUUUACUUUUCAAAAGGUUGCAUGCCAUCCAUCAUCGUUAGAGCAUUAGCCGGUUUAGUUACUACCUAGCUAGGUAGCUACGUAGAGGAGAUUUUGUGAGAGUGCAAAUUCAUUUCUCAUCAGCGCUUUUAACCAUGUCUCGUCGUCGUCUCAAUUUCCGCUCGAGGAUUUCCAA